UCGAUCACCGCGCGCGAAACGGCGAACUUCACUUCGUCGCGCGGAUUGUAUUGUUUAUUCCACGUAACGUCGGACGCAGGAAAAUCGUGAGGUUGACCGCUCUAGGUGAGGACGCGUGGUGAAAAGGGUUGUCAAUUGUUGAACGCACGAUCGACUCCUUAAAAGAUUGGAGGACGCAGUAAUCGAGAAUGGUUCUCACGAAGGAGUACCGUAUCUGUAUGCCGCUCACUACGGAAGAGUACCGCAUCGGCCAGCUAUACAUGAUCGCCAGACAUAGUCAUGAACAAUCCGAUAAUGACGAGGGAGUGGAGGUAGUGGAAAACACCGUCUGCGAGGAUCCUGUUCACGGAAAGGGUCAGUACACGGAGAAAAGGAUCCACCUGUCUAGUAAACUCCCUUAUUGGAUCCAGUCCAUUCUGCCACGAAUAUUUUAUGUGACGGAAAAAGCAUGGAACUAUUAUCCCUUUACUAUCACCGACUACACUUGUUCCUUUAUACCAAAGUUUCAUAUAGCGAUAAAUACCCGGUACGAGAACAACAAUGGCUCUACAGAGAAUUGUUUAGGACUGUCACCCAUUGAAUUAAUCCAUCGAGAAGUCGAUUUUGUGGAUAUUGCAUACGAUGAGAUCUCUGCAAAGCAUUAUAAGGAGGAGGAAGAUCCAAAAUAUUUCCAAUCGAAAAGAACAGGUCGUGGUCCUCUGGUUGAAGGCUGGAGGGAUACAACGCAACCCAUAAUGUGCUCGUAUAAAUUAGUUCACGCCUCAUUUGAAGUCUGGGGCAUGCAAACGAGAGUGGAAGAGUUCAUACAUAGAUGUAUAAGGGACAUUCUACUACUGGGUCACAGACAGGCCUUCGCCUGGAUCGACGAGUGGUAUGAUAUGAACCUGGAGGAUGUACGACAAUACGAGCAGAAAAUGCAAGCCGAGACGAACGAAAAGGUCAGACUAAAAAAUCAAGUUGACGAAAAGCAGACUGCUACACCGUCCUCGUCUAUGCCAACCACACCAAAAUCACCCACACAACGAUCGUGGUUUUCCUGGUCGUAGCCACAAUUAGUAGCAACAAUUUUAGGUUCUGCGGCAGGUUUUCGUUAAUCUGGUUAAUAUUAUGCAACAGAAAUGAAUGGCAUUCUUUAUUGCUCAUAUCCAUUUUUUACCAAUCUCAGAGAAUGCGCAAAUCAGGCAUAACAUAUUUUUUAAAUCAAUUUUACGUUAGUUUAAUCAGUUUUUUUUUUACUUAUCUAAAAAUUUGUGCAAUUUUUGAAAGUAUAAGAACAGUAAUUUUAGAGAAUGUAAGUAAAAAUUUAUUAUCAUUAAUCUAGCUUAAGCAGCCGGUAUUUUUUGUUAAAGAAAAACUUCAGAGGAUUAUUAAACAAUAAUUAUUAUUAAUGUUAUUUUCAAACAAAACAAAAUUGAUAUUAUUUUUAAAAGACUAUGUCUCUAAUUGAUUAUUACAUUUUUUGGAAUGUUCUAUAUAUAUAAAUGUAGUUCCAUACAUAGACUUGCUGUGAUGAUUUUUACUUGCAUACUGUAAAGAACCUGAAAAUAUAUCGUACUUUGUGUGCGAUUGCACAUAUAAAUUUUAAGAAUGCCUAAAGGAAGUUGGUCUAAGUCGUUCCACAAAAACUGACAUACAGUUAAAUGAUGAAAUUUAAAUCAUGAAAUUUAACCGCACAUUUUAGUUACACCUUGUAUAUGCGAAUAACUUUCACUUACGUUUUGCUCGCGUGCGUUAGCAGUAAAUUGUUUUUAUCAUGUAAAAUUCUAUAGUGUAAUUUAUUUAUAAGGUGUUAAACUUUUAUUCGCAGUUUGAUGUAUAGAGGCACUGAAAAAUGUAUGAAAAUAUAUGUGUUUGCAAAUAA